AUGGUUAGCGAGUGGUGGACGCUGAUGGUGUUGAUGUUGUCUGUAGCCUACGGACACGCGCCUUGUCAACACUCAUACGGCGGGUGUAGAUACAACGAGCCCUUCGUUCCCGCGCCUGUCGGCCAAGUCCCCAGGUGCGUUCGGAAUUAUCACGGUGACGUCACAUUUUGUGAAACCAUCGACAGAUAUCCAGAACAGUUGAUAAGUUACCUGGUUACAAAAUCGGACAAGAACUUUAAAUCUUUUUUUAACGAAGAAAAACUUUUCGACAGACCUUAUUAUCAAAAUCAGAAUAAUAAUAACUAUAAUAGCGGUUAUGGCGAUUACCAUGAUUAUCAAAACGAUACUCAAGACGAAUUUGUUGGCUAUCCGGAUAGAACAUACGUUUUGCCUCAGGUGUCCUUAACAGAGUCUCCGAUCAUAGACCAAAAUCGACAUUUAAAUAUAAAUACCAAUCAUGGAGGUGUAUAUAAUAGAAGAAAAAGACAAGACGAUGUUCAAUUAUGCCAAGUUAAAACUAACAACAUAUUUCCUAAAGCAGCAUUAAACAUUCAAGGUGAAUGGAAAUAUGUAGUUAAUAUGGUACGCACCCCGUCUGAUAUGUAUACACAAUCCAUAAGGUCGGAAAUCUGCGCAGAGCCCGAUCAACCGUGCAACGGAAUUUGUGAUACACCUCUUGGUUUUAGUACGUCGUGUAAACAGAAAUUCGUCCAAAAACGGUUGGUAGCAUUGCAAGGGACCGGAGAUAAUUUGUACGUGGACGUUUUUUGGUUUCCACAUUGCUGCUCUUGUAACAUAGCCAGGGUUGAACAGUAG